AUGUCACGUUCAUGGAAGGGUCUCCAAUACGAAUGGGUCCCCGAAAAUUCGUCGCAAUUUCCCGCCAGCCAGAAGGCCCCUUUCGAAAUCGAGAGAAAGAGAGACCUGGACGAAGGAAAAAAAACAACGAAAGAGGGGGGCCCGAGCCUGGUCAAAGUAACAAUAUUUCACGAGAACGACAAGAAGCACGAGGAAACUGACGGAUAUACCCUUCCGCGGCCCAAGGGCACAGAAUGGUAUGGCUUGUCGUUCUUGGGUUGCACCGAGACACCCGACUGCGACUCUUGUGCCCGCUCCUCUCGUCGCUCGCUACCUAGUCUCGACGGGCAGAUGAGCCUACGUGGUACGGUGUUAGACCACCAAGUCGCACGCCAUCUCCCGUCCUUUCCAGUGCGCGUCUCGGACUCCGCAUUUGGAGAUAUGGAGCUGGGUAGCUUUUGCUGGGAGGUGAGGGUAUGUAGCUGCCCAAACCCCAAUGUCCAUCGUGCAGGGAUGGUGGCCGUCGCUCUGGAGUCCCAGCUUCAGAUUCAGAUUCCUUUGAAGCUCAUGACACACAGCAACCGGGGAAGCAGCAAACCGAGCUUUGCCUCGUCUCGCCUCGCCCGAUUCUACAACAGCGGGAAGGUGAAGCUGAUCAGGGCCGAGAGCGCGGGGGGGUUUCGAAAUGGACAAGAUCGAUCAUCUCUUCUCACUACCCUGGCACGCCGCACGCCUGACUUCUGCACGUUCAAAUACACUACGGACUACUUGGCCUUGGACAGACGGCGUCGUGUGGGCUCCCUGUCACGAUUGGCCGCUAUUGCGAAGCUGCCAUUGGCGCGUCUUGAGACCAGCAGUGUCCCCGGUGUAGUCCAGGAAAAGCAUGGCUUGCUUGUGUGCCAAUUAGCCUGGCUAGGUACUCAGAUGCAGAAGAGGCAGAGGAACACCGACGUCCGUGGUAGCCCAACAGCAAGCCGCAACGACAACAAGCAGAUUGGAGUAGAAGCUUGUUGA